CAGAUUCAUUCAAAUAUGCACUAUUUUCUUCUUUGUUUACUACAGGCCUCUGUUCCCGUAGAUUGUAUGCCUGGCGAAUUUGAUCCAACAAAUUACACUUUGCCACAGCAGCCACUCCACCGCUGUAUGUUUCCACAGGCUAUGACUUAUCCCACAAUGCAGCUUGUCACCAACCCUUAUCAAGCAGACAUUGAUGGAGUUAGGUUCUUGGGAACAGCUGGACAGAAUGUGAAGGACAUUUUCUGUUAUAGUAGUAUGGAGGAUCACCUUGAGAUCUUACAGUGGACUUUACAGAUUGGCCACAUGAGUCCCACUUCACCUGACACUCUUGGAUGUUACCCAUUCUACACGAAUGAUCCAUUCAUUUUUGAGGAGUGUCCACAUGUUUACUUCUGUGGCAAUGCACCAUCAUUCAAAUCAAAAAUCGUACAAGGUGUGGAAGGACAACGGGUGCUCUUGGUUGCUGUCCCAGAAUUUUCAACGACACAAAAAGCUUGUCUGGUGAACCUGCGAACUCUUGAGUGUCAACCAAUCAGCUUCUCUGCUUUCUGUGCUGGGGAUGAUGAUGAUGAUGAUGAUGUCGAGAUGGAUAUCAGUCACUGAGGGCAAAGACAUUUUUGUUUAAAAGGAUUUCAUGUGACUUUUUUCCCCUCUGAGACUGUAGCAAGCAAGAUGCAGAUUGCCCACGCUGCACUGGAGAGGAAGCUGACUGCGGAGUGUUGUACAUUGUUUGUAACAUUCCUCGAGCUGGUGUUUAGAGGGAGUAAUGUGGGAGAGCAAUGCUGCGUGAUAAGUUUCUUCCAUGUUUUUCAUUGUGCUAAGGCUACAGUAAAACAGUUCAAAUGAUGGUCAUGUUUUCAGGCUUAGCUUUGAAAGUGAAUUCAGACCCUUAACCUUGUCUCAAAUGCAUGUUUUUCAAAUAAAAACAGUGUUGUGCUAAUCAGGGGUGAGAUGUUUCACAGCAUGUCUAAUUAACAACAACAUGCUGAAAGUCUUGACUUAAUCCUUGAGGGAUAUGAUGCAUGCAGCAUUUCAAAUUGGUAGCUGGCACUCCGUGCAUAGUUUUAAUUAGUCUUUGGGGUUUCUGAGUCUCUUAAUAUUGAACUAUUUUGAUGGGACUUAUUAGAAUAACACCCUUGUUCACCAGCACCAUGUAAGGUUAAAACACUACUGACAGGAUGAGCUUGAAUAAGAUGCCUUGUCUUUUGUGUGUGCUGUGGACUCUGUUGUGUAUUUUUUAAAACAAUUUCUAUUAUUAAAAAUGUUGCAAUCA